UGUUUGUGUGGUGAAUUACCCAAGUGUCGUCGCUAGAAAGCUAAGAGAAAUGCAGAGGUACAAUAUUUCUUGCUGGGCGGAAAUUAAAAGUGCAAUCAAAUUGAGAAGUUUUGUGUCAGAGUGAAAUUUUACGCAUCGGCUAACGACAAACGUGUGCUGUGGAACGAAAUGAAUUGUGUGGGAAAAGUGAAAUAUUAGCUGAACUACUAAAUAGCAGCUGCAAAAACGAGUGAUGGUGAUAGCAUUACCGGAGGUUACGUGAACCAAUAUUCCAGACUAACACGGUUACACACUUUAUGGAAUUUUGUCUUGGUAAUUGCCAGACCACGAACUACGAGCUAGAUGUCAACCACAAUGCCGCAAAGCAGCAGAUGGAAGUGGACUACCGUGUUGAAGGGAUAAAAAACCACACCGCACGCCAAACGUCUUUCCGCCCCGCUCCUCCGCCAACUCACCGCUAACGAGACCUCAUCCUUCGAUGUGUCGCUGUGUAUGUGUGUGUGUUGGUGUGGGUGCAUACAACCGUGAGUUCACUAUCGGAGGACUCGUUCCACACACGGCCGUCAUUGAUUGAGCCCUCGGAUUCCCCCCGGUUUCCGCAUCAUUCCACGCUGAGCCACCAUCACUGCGGACGGUGGUCCGGUUUCUUAGAUACCACCUUAGACAUCAGACACAAGCAAGGAAAAUCCAUCCGGCGCAAAGGGUGAUAGCAACCAGCAGCCAUGUCUUCCCGUACAAAGCGCAUCAAGAAAACAUCCUGGGGUGCACGGGAGCGGGCGGGCAUGAGCUUCCUGAUUGUCGUGGCGUUCUUCGCCGUCUUCGGGCUCAUCAUUCUGACGGAGGUUCUGAUGAUUGACGAUCGGGGCCGGGCAGGGAGCAUCAUCGUACGGCACGGCAGCAAUGGCGGCCGGUUUGGUGAAUCCGUUCCGGACUAUGACGAUGUGAAGGACGACUAUCUGGACGAUACGGGAAUCUUCGUGCGGGAAACCAAAUACGGCGGCACAGCAGUGAAGAACAUUCUGAAGAAUCAAAAAGAUCUGAAAAACUCUAUUGGCAUAUCCGUGCUAACAGAUUCGACCGAGCCGCGGAAUCCACCCGUUGUGCCUUGGGGCCAGAUGUUGCCGUCAAAGAUCGAGCAAACGUUGCCCCGCUUUCCGGCCGACAUGAAACCAACGGACGGCUCGUGGGAGAUAGUCAACGGUACCAGGUACAAGUUUUUCGUGUUUUCCGCAUUCUACGAUCGACGCGACGGUAAGCUGGUGCGUGUUAUCGGGGCCACCAAAACGCGUGGCCCGGAAAAAGUGUGGUGCCGGUUUUGGUACCAAACUGGGGUGAACAGUACGAAAUAUCGAUCGGCAUCGGUGAUGGCACGGGUGAAGAUCAUCCGUGAGAACUGGAAUCUGAAGUAUAGCGCCUGUUUUAUCCUGUGUCCCAUACGAGGACCUUACCCAGAAAUUCCACAUGCAGUGAGCGUGGUUAGCAAGAUAAGAGCGGCGCCGGGUAAUGUACUUAUGCUGCGGAACACUGACAACGAUCCGGAUUUUACGAAUCGUACAUUUAGCAACAUACCCAACAGCAUCGGAGUGUGUGUGAAGCCCUUACACUUCAACUAUGAUCAGGCGCUGUAUUUGCUAGAGUUUCUUGAACUCAAUAACUUACUAGGUGUAAGUCAUUUUACCUUUUACAAUCACACAAUUGGACCGAAAGCGUCCUGUGUGUUACAGCACUACGUAAACGGCGAUUUGCCACAGCACAUCGCACCGUAUGAAGACGCUAGCCCGCCAAAGGCUCCCAACAGCUCAUCGCUCGAUACGACCGAUGCUCCCUAUCGUAUGCCUACUAAAUACAAUGAAGACAAUACUGCACUACUAAAGCCAAAAAUCACUGUAAAUAUUUUGCCAUGGAAUUUAAGGAUGCGCUCGCAAAAGGAAAUACGUACCGAGGGGCUGUUCGCUUCGCUCAAUGACUGCCUGUAUCGCAGUAUGUACAGAUACUCACAUGUUGCUUUGAUUGACUUGGACGAGUUUAUCAUACCGCACCACAAUGACACUUUGAUCGAUCUCAUCACAUGGUUGUCGAAGCGCAUCAACAACCGCAACACGGGAGCUUACUCUUUUCAGAAUGCAUUUUUCUAUCUACAAUUUGCCGACGAUGAGCUCCUGUACAAGGGAUCGGAUAGACAGACAAAUCUAAGGGCCGCUCUUACUACACAGCGGAAGACACGCCGAAGAUCGAAGCUACAUCCACAGAAGCAGCGCUCCAAGUACAUCUGCAAACCGGAAGCCGUCAUCGAGGCGGGGAAUCAUUUCGUGUGGGAGUUCUGCCCUGGUCGAGGUUCCUUGAACGUGCCGGCAGAUGCAGCUAUCUUGCAUCAUUAUCGAGUGUGUGAAUUCGGUGGAGACGAUUGCAUCAAAACGCCGUCAUUAGUAGAUCGCACUGCACAUCGCUAUUCGAAGCGUUUGCUGGACCGGGUCGGAACUGUAUACAACUAUCUGAAAGAAACCUGCAGCCUACCGGACAUCCCAAGGGCACCGACGAACCCCCCACCAACACGCAAGAAGGAGCUCAAAAUACGAAUCCCACUGAAGCCGGAAGGUGAUAGGAAAGUAACUGAAACAAGUAAACCGAAUGGGGCCAGUGAUGCAUCGCAAGGACCUGCAACGGUUCCGAUAGAAGUGAUCCUCAAGACACGUUGAUGAGGAACAAGUGCGUGACACGCAUGGAAGUAAAAUUCAUAUGUUUUUCAUUCCGCCAUUUUAUGUCUGCUUGCAACAGUUUCCAAAAGCUAGCUACAGAAGGAAGCCAGAGGUAACUAACUGUUUUACAACAAAACAUUAAAUCAUGGGCACAUUCGUUCACGAAAAUCGAGAGGUUGGAUAAGGAUAAUUUAAAUCUACGAAUUAUAUCGCCAAGGUCUAUUUGUUGAUAGAAAUAGCAACGCAGAAAACAAAUUUAUUUUUGACCUUCUUAGCUUUUUACACUAAAGAACCAUCGCAAUCUGUUCGGUUACUGAAUUUAUUUGAUCAUUUGUGAAAUCGAGCUGAAGAAUAUUCAAAUAUUAUUAACAAGCUUCUAAUGAAUACUCAACAACAAACACUUUAACUGUUCUUUAGAUGUUUUUUUCCAACUAGUCAUUUACAGACAUAAUGUGUCAGUUAGCUAGCAUAAGUUUCGAAUCACGUAACAGAACGCGUGUACUCUGUUCUGGUUGUACGACCUAAUCCGAACUAGCUGCCGCAAAGUGAAGCGAAAUUAGCAGCCAAACAGUAACGCAGCAUAGGGGCAGCAACAACGUUUCUAAUUCUUCCAUUCGUCACCAUUCACCGAUUCGGAUUGAUCGUACGCUAAGAUCAUCCAGCACACCUGCUAUUAGUGCUAUCAGAUCGUAGAACAGUGGUAAGAGCUACUAGCAGCAAAAGUAAUGGCGAUAAUCGAUAAUUAAACGCAGCGACAGAGUCUUAGAACAUCGCAUAUCAGAUAAAGGAAGGAAUUCAACACACGUAUUACUAUUUCUUUUCUAUACCUACCGAGAAUACAUAAGCGCAUUGUUUAGACGCACAAGACAAUGAAUGGUCAUUUAAGUAACGUAUAGUUUCAAACAGAUGGAAUCAACGAGAUGCAAAAGUUCAGUAGAGUUAAACGCUUCAAUAUCUAUUCUACGCGAAGAGGACCUAUAAAAACUAUGCAGCUUUUGAUAGCAGAUAGCAGACAGUGUGUCACACAUUCAUAAGCGUUGAUGCGUUCCAAUUCGUUGCGUUUCGUUGCGACUUUUUUGUAAGCCCAUUAUAAUAGCCAUAUGUACAAUUCAGUGUAAUUAUUCGACAUGCCGGGCGCGUUCUUAGGUGCGGUUUCUCUGUACCAGAUUUUAAUUAACACAGCAAAAUAUUUAUCAUACUCAUGGCGAUUGAUGGAUUGAAAUCAUGGACCGCAACAGGAGCGAAGAGAGCAAAUCAAACGGGUGGGAAGGGAAUGUAACGGGAUAUAAUAAAGAAAGGAAAACGGAAAUAUUUUACAAAACA